CGAGGGGGGACUUGAAUGAUGGUUCCAAGUGAGGGAUACCAAGCUCUUUGAAUUUGGCUUUCACGCUCUCUUUCACUGUCACUUACCAGUUACCAUUCUCUGUCUUUUAUUAUUAUUAAAUUAAUUAUAACAGAGAGAAAGAAUUGUUUAUUAUCCGGAGAGAGAGUGGGCGCUCCAAACCAAAGCCAUUACCUUUGACUGACCAGUCCACUACUGUAGGCUCCAGAACCCAACAACACAGCAGCAACAGCGAAGCAAUUGACGCUACUGCUCCGCACAGUCCACAGCGCACUGCCUUGAAUGAAAGAAGCCACUGCUUUUAUCUUUUGGCCACUUCUAGAUUUUUAUUAACAUCGAAACCAGCAAGCGCUAAUUCAGAGCACUGACACAGCCCUGCAGAGACAGUAUUACUACAUACAAAUACUUCUCCUUUUGAAACCACCAGAACAACCCUAUAAUUAAAUUCACAAUCUUCGUCUCAGACUCAUAUCUAUGGGGUCAAGGCCGAAACCUGUUUUUCCCUUUUUUCCAAAUCUAUUCCAAUCUAUAUGUAUUAAUUAAGGAAAGGAAGUAAUUAAGGUAAAAGGGAGGAGAAAAAGGACAAAGGUUGAUGUUAAUCUUUUCUCCUAGAGACACCGCACUGCAACUUUUGCUGGAAUAAAUAAGAGAAAGGAAGAAAGAGAGACCUACUGCAAUGCUGCUAACUGGUCACAACUCACCAGUUGGUAGGUAGAGCUUGUGGUUGAUAGAGAGAAAGAUGUUUUACUUGUAAAAGACCUUACUCUCUAAACGCUUAUUUCUCUCUCUUCUCUCUCUCUCUCUCUCAAAAUCAUACAAGAAAAGAGUAAAAAAGGUAUAGAGCAAGUGAACGUUGUUUGGACAGUGCUGGGGGGUUGGUGUGUGUGUGCGCUUUCUAUUAUGGAUAGCUAUGAAGCAACCAGAAUUGUGUUCUCAAGAAUCCAAAACCUUGAACCAGAAAACGCUUCCAAAAUCAUGGGUCUACUGCUGAUUCAGGACCAUGGGGAGAAGGAGAUGAUUCGUUUAGCCUUUGGUCCUGAAGCUUCACUUCAGUCUGUCAUCCUCAAGGCCAAAAAAGAGCUUGGUCUUCCUUCUAACUCUCCUUCUACACCUUCAACCCCAUCAUCUCCUUCUCCUUUCCUCGCCAACAACCAGAAUCCUGUUAAUAUUCCAAGGCAAAGCUCUGCAGCUUCCAGGCUCCUACCCAACGGUGGAGUCAAUCUGCCAUCUUCUCUCACCAUCCCUACUAACCUCUCUACUUCUUCUUGUACUUCUUCUUGGAGUCCUUUGUCUGAACUUCCAAACCCUGAUGAGUUGAUUAGUCCAAGCAGUGGGUCUUUAAAUCCUUCUUCUUUGCCCUUCUAUGGAAACGGAGGAGCUACUGAUAUGGUUGAUGAGUUUCAACUUCAAGAUCAACUAGCUUUCCUCAACGAAAGCUCACCGCAGCUUAACCCCAAGAACCAUGAUUUCUUUUACCCCCAACCCGCUGACUUGUCCUCGAGUUCAGCUGCUGCUGCUGCUUGUGGCAGCACUGACGCCAUGGGGUUCCCCUCUUAUUGGGGGACCUCCUUUCACAGGAGGAGCAGCUCUGUGAGCGAUAUUGUGGGUGCUGAGGACCCGGCUUCAGGGUUUGGGUGGAGACCCUGCUUGUAUUUUGCUAGGGGGUACUGUAAAAAUGGGAAUAAUUGUAGAUUUAUCCAUUGUGGGCUUGGGGAGUCUGGUUCAGUAGUUGGAGGAGCAGAUGGUGCAACCAUGGUGGGUUCACCUAACAAGAUCGAGAUGGACCAGUGCCAUGAGUUACUUAGAUCUAAAUCCGCUCAGCAACAAAGGUUGGCUGCUGCUUCACAGCUCAUGGGUUCUGCUUCUUUUCCUUACUCCCCAAAGGGCAUGAAUUCGUUCCUUCAACAGCAACAAAAUGAUACUCAGAGGGCUGCUGCCGCUGCUGCUUUAAUGAUGGGUGAUGAUAUGAACAAGUUUAACCGUUCCAGGCUUGAAAGAAACGGGUUUUCAAUGAACGGUGAAGCAGGCAUGGUUAACCCAGCUUCAAGACAGAUCUACUUGACUUUCCCAGCUGAUAGCACUUUCAGAGAGGAGGAUGUGUCAAAUUACUUCAGUAUAUAUGGUCCGGUUCAAGAUGUGAGGAUACCAUACCAGCAGAAGAGAAUGUUUGGAUUUGUCACUUUUGUUUAUCCUGAGACCGUGAAGAUCAUCCUGGCUAAAGGGAAUCCUCAUUUUGUUUGCGAUGCUCGGGUUCUGGUGAAGCCUUACAAAGAGAAAGGCAAAGUUCCGGACAAGUACAGGAAACAGCAGCAACAGCAAGUGGAAAGAGGAGAGUUCUCCCCUUGUGGUACUCCAACUGCCCUUGAUUCUAGAGAUCCAUUUGACCUUCAGCUAGGGUCAAGGAUGUUUUACAAUACCCAGGACUUGUUAUGGAGGAGAAAGUUGGAGGAGCAAGCUGAUCUUCAGCAAGCCCUUGAGCUUCAAAAUAGAAGAUUGAUGGGCCUGCAACUCCUGAAUGUGAAGAAGCAUCACCAUCACAGGGCUCUUUCUAGUGGAAGUCCCAUUCCAUCACCUACCCACUCACCAAACCCGUUCAGCCAGUCACUUGUACUUCCUCAAUUUCACAACAGUCAAGAAGCUCCACAAGAGAAUUGUUCUAACCCUGUGCUGGCUGUAUCUACCACUGCUUCUGAGAAGCAAGCAGUGAGUACUACUGCGAUUGCUAAAGAACCGGCCAGUGUUGAAGAAAAUGGUACUAGCAAGGAGAGCCCUAAUUGUGAAGAUGCUAAUCUGCCAGAAAGUUUGGAGCACAACCUUCCUGAUAAUCCUUUCGCAUCUCCUACCAAAGCAUCCGGGGAGUUCUUGUCUGCAUUCUCCAAUGCUGAAGCAGAUCGGGAUGUUUCAGUCUCGGCUUCUUCUGUCAACAGUAACUGGGUCUCUUCAACUCUACUUCCUGCAAAUAAUGCUUUAGAGAUUGCAUCCUUCAACUCUUUCAACUGUCAAAUGCCCAGGUUCUCGUCUGGACAUGGUACCAUUGGUAUGUAUGCCGGCACAGGCGGCCCGACUUGCCCUGUUGGUAUUUAGCUUCCUAUGCUGAGGAAGACUGAAGGUAUAAAUCAAGCACAAAAUUUCACAUCAGAGAUCAGAGAUCUAUAGAGAGCCACCACCACCACCGCACUACAAUCAGAACCACCACUCAACCGUUACUCGUAAUCAUCGUCAAUACUAUACUUACUACCAUACAAAAUGCGUACAUAAAAGGCAGUGAAGGAAGUGGGUCAGCCAUUCCUUUAUUUUGUUGUAAUAUUGUUAUCUAUUGUUUCAGUAGUUUGGACCACAGGUAAAAGCAUAGAAGAAGAAAGAAAAAAAAGGAUCACACAGUCAAUGUGUAGUUGUAACUCCCCUUGAACUGUAAUUUCUUUCCCUUAUUUUUCCAGCAGUGAUGGUUUCCCUGGAAGAAACAAGGAAAAAAAACCCCCCUUAUUUUAGUUUGUUCAUUUUUUUCCUAGCCUUGUUAGUUCAUGUUUGUUAGGGUGUAAUCAAAAUCCUCUUCUGUACAGAGCAUCUGCACUCAAAAGAAGGGAAGCAACACUCGAAGAGGUAGAAAUAGUAAAAACAUGCAUAUAUGGUAUUGUAGGGGGAAGACAUCUAUAGAGGGAAUCUUAAAUCUCAGUUCAAAGUUGUACCUUGAUCAUGAUCUACUGUUAUGAGAUAGAGAAUUCACUAGUAAAAGGCAUCAGAAUUUCAAAAA